AUGGCCUCCUCCUCCGCCCUCCAACAACUUUCUCCCCCCCUCCCCAUUCCCGCCUCCCCUCCACCCCGAGUGCGUCGUCGUUUCAAGACACUCAUCCCCGCCAUCUUCACCCACAACAAGCCGACCGAGGAGGCCGAUGCACUCCUCGUCUCCAUCGUUCGGGACAUGUUCAUGAAGUCACCGUUCGUCGAUCCGUCUAUCAAGGCGACCAUCCUCGAAGUGAUCCUCGGCCGCAUCAUUGUCCCCAACGUCCCCUACACCGCCGAGAGCAUCGUCUUCCAGGGCGUUCAGCCGGGUGGAGACAUGAUCAUUCCCCUGACGUUUGAGAGGAAGGAGCGGCUGGUGGCCAUGUUCAUCGAUACGUAUAUGCAGGCCAUGACCUAUCUGGGUGAGCUGAAGAACGACACUGCCGUCGUCACGGCCGUCCACCCAACCAUGCUCACCCCGCGCCCCACCUGCGAGAUCACCCACGCCCAGGGCCCCCUCCAGGACCCGCAGCCCGUUCCCAUCCUCCCCAUGCUCUCGACUAGCGCCGGCAGCAAGGCCUUCUGGCGCUUCCUUGCGCUCAUCUGGCCGCACAGCGUUGUGGACAUCAUCCAAGCGCACUGCGCCGACGAGGCCACGCUGGGCAACAGCAUCGUCAUGUCCGCCGAGUGCCGCCGUGCCUGGGACGCCAUGGAGUUCUACCUCCUCCCGCUGUCGGGCACAUAUGAUAGGCUCAGGGUGAGCUUCCACUGGAACGGCACCAAGCGCAGCCUCAGAAACUACAAGAGUAAGCCACAGGUUGAUAUCGACCUCGGCGGAGGGCUGGUGUAUGAGCAGAUGAAGGAAGGAAAGAUUAUCACUCUCAAGGCGGGCACUGAUGAUGAUCCGCUGCCCGAUCCGGGGUUGGUCUAUGUCAGGGCAGUGCUGACCAAGAUGGCGAUUGGGAUGGAGGUGACCGCUGCGCAGCGCUUGUUGUUUGAUGUUGGGCUCGCGGACUGCGGGUGUGAAGAUGAUGGGGAGGGGGAAGCGGCCGUGGAGAUGGAUCAUAGGGGCUGCUGGGUGGGGAGGGAUAAUUGGUUUGAUGACAGGUUUCGCGGCACCGGGAUCUUUCCGAAUAUCUGGGAAGACUUUUCGGGGCUGGGCGUUGGCUCUAUUCAGGAGCAGCAGGAGCAGCAGGCUUCCGAGAAGAAGUAA